GACAGCGGGAGCGGCCGACGGUGCCCGUGGCCGGUUCCCCAGUCCGGCCCCGCCGCUUCCGCCCGGCCACGGRCAGGGGCGGGUCCCUGCGGGUUCCCGGUAGCGGCGGGUCCCGCCCGGUUCCCGGUAGCGCUGUGSCCGUGCCAGCUCCAUGUCGCGCAGGGCCAUGGAACAAGCCCGGCGCAUCACCGACUCCUUCCCGCGGCGGCGGCGGCGGGGCCCGGGGCGGCCCCCGGGCAGGCUCAAGGACAAGAAGGACAAGAAGGACAAGGACAAGGUGCAGGUGAACGUGCGGGACUGUCCCCACCCUCCCUCGCAGGCCGCUCCGGACCCGGCGCUCCUGGAGAUGCUGCGGCGCUUCGACCUCUCCUGGGAAUUCGGACCCUGCACCGGGAUCACCCGCCUUCAGCGCUGGGAGCGGGCACAAGAGUUGGGGCUGAGCCCCCCCGGCUCCAUCCGUGACGCCCUCCUGGAGCACCGGGACAACCCUGAUGUCACCUACAGCCUCUGGCAUGAGUACGAGCUCUGAUCCYCUGAGCCGCCGCGCCGAGGGAAUGGGGUGGGACCGUUCCCGACACCCCCAGACCCCAUUCCAGGGACACCGGGCGGAUUAAAGCUGGUGUGAGCGAAGGAAGGGGUGCUGUGUGCUCUCUGGGGAGGGCGGGGGGCACGGGAUGGCUCCAAAAAAAGAGCCACGCAGGGUGUCCAGUCACAGAGUUUAAUGCCACCCAACUGGGACGCAGGGUGAAAAAUCAAUUCUUGGGUGGAGAAAAGGAGAUGGGAUUUCCCCCCCCAGAAAUGGGGGGGAGAAAAAUUGAGGAUCACAUAUAAAAUCAGGUGAAAGUGAGCAUGGGGGGAUGAGGGAUAUGGCUGUGGUUUGUGGUGAUGUUGUGGGGUGGGAAGGGUGAGUGUCCUGUGGGAUUUGUAUAUUUAAUAGCCUUAAUUAGCACCUUUGCUGUGUGCAGAGUCAUAAAUAACAGGAUGUGUCUGUUAAUUAUUCAGGUUAAUGAUGUCUUCAUUCACCAGCUUUUUCUGUUGCUUCAUCAAUAAAAUCAAUCGUUUCUAUCCCAAGGCUGCAA